CAGUUUUUUUUAUUUUUUUCUGAGCUGAGGUUGAAAGUACACUAUCUUGGUUUUCAGAAUGCAUAGCGUUCACUGAGUUGGGACUACAGAUCGCGUAAACUGGACUGAUACAGUUACUCGUGUUGUGCUGACAGCGGAACCAAAUCCAAGGGAUCCAGUCAAGGAGCUUGGGGAAUGGUAGACCGCAUGAUGGCAAUGAACCAUGGACGAUUCCCCGAAGCUAUUAAUGGUCUCCACCAUCACCACCCAGCGCGCAGAAUGGGCAUGGCCACAUCUGUGAGAAUGGAGAUCAACGUCCAGUCUGCUGCAGAGGUCAUCCCAGCCCAGACCAGUGUGACUCCACCACCGUCCCCAGUCACCACAGAGACCCAGGUCCCUCCACCCCAGGAGGCCCAGCACAUGGACCCCAUGGAGGAGUUUGGUCAUCGGCUGGAGGAGAUCAUCAACACCUAUGGUUCCGCAGCCAGUCUGAUAGAGAAACAGUGCAUCAUCCUGGAAACGGAGAAGGUGGAUGAGGAGGCAAGCGGAGAGCAAGAUGAAGUCACAACCGCCAAGGACGCCAGCACAGGCAAGGAUACGAAAAAGUUGCUGAAAGGAAAGGAGGGCAAGCUUCUAAUGCAAAGUUUGAACAAGCUGUGCACACCAGAGGAGAAACUGGAUGCUCUGCUCAAGAAGUAUGCCGAACUGCUGGAGGAGCGGCGGGGGGAGCAGAAGCAGCUGAGGUUCCUGCAGAAGAAGCAGGGCCACAUGGGGAAGGAGAGGGACCAGCUCCAGUACGAGCACAGCAGAGCCAUCAUGGCCCACAGCAAACUGGAGGGCCUCUGCAGGGAACUCCAGAGGCACAACAAGACCCUCAAGGAGGAGACCCUUGCGCGUUGUCGUGAGGACGAAGAGAAGCGCAGAGAGAUCACCACUCACUUCCAGAGCACGCUGACAGACAUCCAGGCUCAGAUUGAGCAGCACAGUAACCGCAACAACAAGCUGUGUUCGGAGAACACCAACCUGGCAGACAAACUCAAACACAUCAUCAGCCAGUACGAGCAGAGAGAGGAGAGCUUGGAGAAGAUCUUCAAGCACCGCGACCUGCAGCAGAAGCUGUCUGAUACCAAACUGGAGCAAGCUAAUGCACAGCUGCAGGAGGCCGAGGAGAAGCACAAGAGAGAGAAAGAAUACUUACUGGUACAUGCAGCUGAGUGGAAACUACAAGCUAAACUUCUGAGAGAGCAAGAGACAGUCAUGCAGGCUCAGCUUGCUCUGUACUCCCAGAAGUUUGAAGAGUUCCAGACUACGUUGUCUAAGAGCAACGAUGUGUACGCCAGCUUCAAAAAUGAAAUGGAGAAGAUGACAAAGAAGAUGAAAAAACUAGACAAAGAGUCUAAUGUUUGGAAGACCAGAUUUGAGAGCACUAACAAGGCUCUCUCUGAGAUGAUUGAAGAGAGGACUCUGAAGGAGAAUGAGUAUGAGAUGUUUGUCGUGAAGAUUGACAAGCUGGAGAGGCUCUGCCGAGCACUCCAGGACGAGAGGAAGAUCCUGUACUCGAAGAUCAAAGGCAUCCGCCAAACGCCUGACGCCACCGAGGGGACACCCAAGGAUGAGACACAGGAGGUGGCCACUGAACCAGUCCACAGCCUCAUGGACAUAGUUGAGGAGCCAGAGAUGACAGAGGAGAUGGCCCGUCUGAGGGCUGAGCAGAACAGGCUGGCGGAGUUCGCGGCCUCCCUACUGGCCCCGUCCACAGGAGACGAUGAUGACGAUGACUCUGACAGUGAGGAAGAGCCAGAGUCUACAGAACCUGCUGAGGCCCAGAAGAUCCCUGAACCAACACAGGCCCCAGCACAGGUAGUGGUAGAGACACCAGCACAGGCAGAGGAACCAGCACCAGCAUAUGCAGAGGCACCAGCACAGGCUACAGCACAAGUAGAGGCCCCAGCACAGGCAGAGAUGGCUGCACCAGUCCAACCAGAGACCCCAAAAGAGCCAGAGUCCGCCACCAAGAAGCAGACACCAAAGAAGAAUGCAAAUAAGACUAGCUGAACCGACGGAUGUGUCAUUUUGUGAGCGUUAGUACUGUAGUCCCUGUGCCUUGUUUAUGGUGGAGUUGAGAUAUCAAAUCCAGCUUGGUUUGUCUAUAUACUGUUGUAUCUGAAGUGGCGUGCAGUAGAAGUAUGUUUAAGUUGUAUAUCAGAUGAGGACAGAUAGAGUUUUACAGCAUAACCAAAGAAUAGGAAACAAGGUUAUUCAGGACAUUGCACCCUCAAAACUUUCCAAUGCCAAAUGUUACCUUGCGCAAACAGCAUCAGAACAGCCACUGUCUUUUUUGACUUUUUCCAUCUGAACCCCUAUAAUGUAAAUUCAAUAAAUAUCUCAUUGUAGACUACGUAGA